AUUUAACAAAGGCUUGGAAGCACGUCGGCUUAAAACCAAAUACCACAAUGUUCCCUUCAAGUUCCCAUACCCCAAGUGUCAAACUGAAAGCUUGAUAGAGAGAGAAAAAACUCCUCACUUCCAUCCUUAUCGCCAUAGCCUCGCGUUCAAGAUGAGCUUUGAACCAAGUCACCUCCUCUCUUAAAAACUACAAAAGAACCGAAAAUCCCCAUAAUUGUAUUUUUUUUUUCUCUUUAUCCUUUGGAGCUACAUAAAAUGGCAGACUGGGGGCCAGUGUUAAUAGGGGUGGUGCUGUUUGUGUUGCUUACACCAGGUCUUUUGUUUCAGUUACCAGGUAACAGCAAACAAGUGGAGUUUGGGAGUUUGAAGACGAAUGGCAUGGCUGUAGCUGUGCAUACUCUCAUCUUUUUCGCUGUCUAUGCUGUUCUCAUCUUGGCUGUUCAUGUUCACAUCUAUACUGGCUGAUUACUCGAGAAAUGGAGCACGGAUGUUUUAGUACUGGAUUGGCUGACCAGUGCAAUCAUUUCCACAUUACUGGGACCCGCUGUUAAGUAGGAGGUAUGGAAGGUGAAAGAUUUAUCUUAGUCAGUACAUAGAAAUCCCCCAUCGUUUUGUUGCUGUGGAGAUUUCAACUUUAAAGCUCAUAAUUAGCAUCUCAAGGCUCAAUGAAGACUUUCCCACAAUUUAAAUGCCCGAGGGUUCUUGUUAAAGAAAAAAAGAAAAGGGAAAUGCUAAAUGGUGCUGUUGUAUUUGCUGCCCAGCUAGAAUAUGUGUUAUUCAUUAACAGAAUCCAUCACUUUACUCUAUGAUA